UGUGGCACUGAUGAGAACGCACCUGGUAAUUUUGGUUCUGAUGACUAUUCAGAGAGUGAUGAGGUAGAGGCUGCAUUGAAUCUCAAAGAUAAUGGAAAAGUUGAAACCAAGUCUGAAAAGGUAAAGAUUGAUGAACCAAAAAAGGAUGUGAGUGGUGCCCCAGCAAAGAAAGUCAAUGUUGUUGUUCCAAAGAAAGAUGAAGAGGACGAGGACUCUGAUGAUGAUGAUGACGAUGAGUCUGAUGAUGAGGAUGAAUCUGGAAGUGAGAUGGAUGCUGAUAGUGAUGAGGACGGGAGUGAUGAAGAUGAAAAGACACCUGUGAAGAAGGUCGACCAGGGCAAGAAGAGACCAAAUGUGUCUGCAACAAAAACUCCAGUUCCUGCUGCUAAGAAAGCUAAGAAUGUAACUCCUGAAAAGUUUGGUGGCAAGAAAAUUGCACAUGCACUAACCCCUCACCCCGUGAAGAAAGGUGGAAAUCCGAACAGCGCAGGGAAGUUCCAGUCACCUAAAACUGGUUCACAGCAGAGGAAAAAAGGUGGAAAGAAGGGUGGUCGUUGAUCAUGAAGUUUCUAAUAUGUACUAAUUUUUGCUUUUAUUGCAUUGUAAUAUCGUAAUCGGUGUAAUGGUUAGGAGGUUUACUAAAUUUUGUUUGCUAGAGGUGGCUACAAGUUCGAUAAGUUGAGUUCUCAGAAAUUUUGUUGGACAACUAUUUUGUAUUAGUUGAGUUAAAAUAUAUUAAUUAUCUUUAUUAUUCAAAUCUG